CUUCCCCUAAAAAAAACAAAAACAAAACAACAAAAAAAAACGUCAGCUGGACACCGCGAAACAACGGAUUAAAUUGGCCCUUAACCUUAGCGCAGGGAGCCAAUUUUGGGUGGCCAGCAAAACACCUUCUUGGAAGAAAAUAAGGUCAUGACCCAAUCUGUCUCUUCCAAAAUCGAGACAACGAGUUGAAACAUCCGACAACCCCACAAAUCGGCCCCCAUCUGCUCCAAUUGUCACACCACAAAAAUCAACCAAAAUUCAAUUUGCUCACCCAAAUUUGAAAACUCCCCGCGAACCUUGAAUCCACCCUGCCGGUGAACCUUCGCUGAAACACACGCUGGACACGUGGUGCAGGCUGGGGACCGGCGGCGGCAGCAGCAGCAACCUUAAUGUGGACUAAGCGCCGUCGAAGCCACCGCCGCCGCCAUGAUGUACCAACAGCAGUGCUGCAUAAUUGCACUCAUGAUAGCGCACAGCCUCUCGACGCAUCAAUCACCGACGACGACGUCAAGGCCACAAUCCGACGUGGAAGCGACGGGAUCCGCAGAUGACCCGGCGUUGUUGGGCAGGAUGUUGGAGGUUCUGGAUCUAGUGGGGGAGCAACGUGGGGGAAGUGACGGUGAUGGGGAAGUGUUGGGAGGGUUGGAAAGUGUACAAGAAGGAUAUGGGAGGGGACACAAGACUAAGGAAGGGGGUAGUGACGGUACUAGGAAUGUCCUCGUAGAUGACCUCGUAGAGCUGGAGAAGCGCGGAGAGUCCGCGAAGAAACGCACAGAAGGCCAACAGUCUCCACAAUCCGGUGAUGACCAUCACCCUGUAGACGGGGACACAAAUCCAUCGACACAACGAAGCCUUGCGGCGGGACAAGACAACGACGCCGGUGAUGUCCUCGAUACGACGGCCACCGUUUCUUCCGCCAGCUUCCUCCCGACGACGACGACGACGGAGACCAGCAGUAGCAGUAGCAGCGGCGGCGGUAGUACGAUGGCCCCUAGCGUUCCGGCGCCCCAGCACCAACAUCAGUCCCAACCUCAACCUCAACAGCAGCAAAAACAUCGGACGAUCAACUCGAUGAACCUGAACCCGACGACGCCGGCCAUGGUGGUGAAGCCGGUGGACGAGCACCGGAAGCUGCUCAAGAGCACCGGGCCCAUCCUCAACUACGUCUUCGAUUCGCACCCGCCGUACUACAAGUCCAACUACUACAAUAACCGGUACGGUCCCCACUUUGAGACGGACAACGUCACCAACAUCACCGUCCAGAACGGGGACGACCUAUUUCUAAGCUGUAGGAUAAGUUUGCUGCAGGACAAAACGGUGUCCUGGGUGCGGCGGAAACACGGCGAGACGGACCUGCAGCUGCUGACGGUCGGCAAGCAGACCUACUCGGGCGACCCGCGGUACACGAUCGAGUUCCAGUACCCGAACAACUGGCGGCUCAAGAUCGCCGCGGCCAACAAGAACGACGAGGGCGUGUACGAGUGCCAGAUCUCGACGCACCCGCCGAAAGUGAUAAUCUACUACCUGCACGUGAACGCGCCGGAGGUGCUGAUCGUGGACGAGGCGGGCGAACCGCUGUACGACAAGUACUACGAGGUGGGCUCGACGAUCAAGCUGAUCUGCCGGAUACGGCACAUGUCGAUGCUGCGGUCGGCCGUCUACUGGAUCCACAACGAGAACAUCCUGAACCACGACGUGCAGCGGGGCGGCAUCAGCGUCAAGACGAACCUGACCAACGUCGGUGCCAACUCGACGCUGGCCGUGGCCAAAGUGAACCGCCUCGACUCGGGCAGCUACACGUGCUCGAUCGGACCAAACCAGCACUACAGCGUCUCCGUACACGUGCUAAACGGUACCGCCAACCCGUACGGAAUCUAUCAGCGAUCGUGUGCCUUCUCCGCGCUGCUCCAAGCCGUGGAUCUGCGGUUCGUGCUGACACAGCUGCUGUUCCUGCUGCUGCGAAGCGGACUCGCCAGAUAGCAGCACCUGACGCCAAUGGUGAGCACCACCACGGCAGCCGUCACCCUGGUUCUGUUUUCCACGCGGGCUCCGGUAUGAGGCCCAAUUGAGGGUCUCCUCCCCCGGAACUCUGUAAA